UUGAAGGCUUACUUCGGCGGAGGUGAAAGGUGGCACUCAAACUCCUUUUUUUGUUUUCAGUUUUUCGCUUGAUGUGCGAGCAAACUGUUUCCAAACUGAGCGUGAAGCCAGCCAGCUUAGCUGGCUGCUGUUUACGGAUUUGGCGGAGAACGAUCAUUCAACGGUGGACCACAACAAUAACUACACGUGAAGUCAUUGUUCUUCGCCUUCGGAUUGCUGCGAGGAAGGCGAGAAAAAGCUAGUAUUUCUCGCCCGCCGAGCGGAGCGAGUGAGGCGAGAAAUGAUUUCUCGCGAAACAAAACAUUUGCUCUUGCGAAUAUGGCAUUUGAUGUUUCCUCUUUUUGCCUGACUUCUUCAGCCAGUUUUUGAGUUUCACCAUUGUCCCCACCCUUCAUGUCUGCCAAUCUUCUUCCCUUUUUUUCUUGGCUGCAGAUAUGUUGUGCUUACUUCCAUGCUGCCAUGCUGAAACUUGGGAUUAUACACCCAGUCUUUUUCGCAGAAGUUUGGAUUCUAGUGUUUUGUAUCUGUGUAUUUGGUUGUGUGUGUGUGUAUUGGGUUGUGUGUUACUCACUAGAUUGCCUGCAGUCUUCUAUCAACAUGUUUGUGUACCGGCGCCAUUUCAUGAGAGACAAGCGGAGGGAUCAAGUUGCAGCGAGGACGGCGACGAGAAGCAAACGGCAAAGAACUCGAUUGCCUGCAGUCUUCUAUCAACAUGUUUGUGUACCGGCGCCAUUUCAUGAGAGACAAGCGGAGGGAUCAAGUUGCAGCGAGGACGGCGACGAGAAGCAAACGGCAAAGAACUCGAUUGCCUGCAGUCUUCUAUCAACAUGUUUGUGUACCGGCGCCAUUUCAUGAGAGACAAGCGGAGGGAUCAAGUUGCAGCGAGGACGGCGACGAGAAGCAAACGGCAAAGAACUCGAUUGCCUGCAGUCUUCUAUCAACAUGUUUGUGUACCGGCGCCAUUUCAUGAGAGACAAGCGGAGGGAUCAAGUUGCAGCGAGGACGGCGACGAGAAGCAAACGGCAAAGAACUCGAUUGCCUGCAGUCUUCUAUCAACAUGUUUGUGUACCGGCGCCAUUUCAUGAGAGACAAGCGGAGGGAUCAAGUUGCAGCGAGGACGGCGACGAGAAGCAAACGGCAAAGAACUCGAUUGCCUGCAGUCUUCUAUCAACAUGUUUGUGUACCGGCGCCAUUUCAUGAGAGACAAGCGGAGGGAUCAAGUUGCAGCGAGGACGGCGACGAGAAGCAAACGGCAAAGAACUCGAUUGCCUGCAGUCUUCUAUCAACAUGUUUGUGUACCGGCGCCAUUUCAUGAGAGACAAGCGGAGGGAUCAAGUUGCAGCGAGGACGGCGACGAGAAGCAAACGGCAAAGAACUCGAUUGCCUGCAGUCUUCUAUCAACAUGUUUGUGUACCGGCGCCAUUUCAUGAGAGACAAGCGGAGGGAUCAAGUUGCAGCGAGGACGGCGACGAGAAGCAAACGGCAAAGAACUCGAUUGCCUGCAGUCUUCUAUCAACAUGUUUGUGUACCGGCGCCAUUUCAUGAGAGACAAGCGGAGGGAUCAAGUUGCAGCGAGGACGGCGACGAGAAGCAAACGGCAAAGAACUCGAUUGCCUGCAGUCUUCUAUCAACAUGUUUGUGUACCGGCGCCAUUUCAUGAGAGACAAGCGGAGGGAUCAAGUUGCAGCGAGGACGGCGACGAGAAGCAAACGGCAAAGAACUCGAUUGCCUGCAGUCUUCUAUCAACAUGUUUGUGUACCGGCGCCAUUUCAUGAGAGACAAGCGGAGGGAUCAAGUUGCAGCGAGGACGGCGACGAGAAGCAAACGGCAAAGAACUCGAUUGCCUGCAGUCUUCUAUCAACAUGUUUGUGUACCGGCGCCAUUUCAUGAGAGACAAGCGGAGGGAUCAAGUUGCAGCGAGGACGGCGACGAGAAGCAAACGGCAAAGAACUCGAUUGCCUGCAGUCUUCUAUCAACAUGUUUGUGUACCGGCGCCAUUUCAUGAGAGACAAGCGGAGGGAUCAAGUUGCAGCGAGGACGGCGACGAGAAGCAAACGGCAAAGAACUCGAUUGCCUGCAGUCUUCUAUCAACAUGUUUGUGUACCGGCGCCAUUGCAUAGGAGAGAAGCGGAGGGAUCAAGUUGCAGCGAGGACGGCGACGAGAAACAAAUGGCAAAGAACUCGAUAAGGUGUGCAUAGGAGAGAAACGGAUGGAUUGCAGCGAGGACGGUGACGAGAAGCAAACAGCAAAGAACUCCGCAGCAUCCAGCCAGGAGCUGGAGUGCGUAAGCAUCAUUGCUUCAGCACAUCCUUCUCGUCCUCCUUAGAGAAUAACAGCAGCGAUAGUGGCAGCAAUAGCAGUGACAGCUGGUCGUACUCGGACAGCAGUAGUGAUAACAACUCCAGCAGCUCAGACUGCCGCCGACUAUAACAAGAUAAUAUGCAGGUGUCAGGUCGUUGAAUGUCUCAGUAGCUCGUCAGUUGUUGUGCCUUGCUAUCUCACGUUCUGACUGCAUUAUUAUUAUUA